UGCACGCUGUUUUGCAGGCAGAAUCUGGUCCAUUUUUCCACCCUCUUUGUAGGGCAGACAGAGCCUUUUCACAUGUUAACUCACUAAUCAUCCGAUGUUCCGGCUGUUGUGCUGUCUUGCUCAAGAUUCUCGGUUUGAUACCCCUUUUUAAUAGUCCUAACAGCACCACAGUUUCAGUGCUAUGUGGUGCCAUGUACGGCCGACACCGCUGGAAGAGUAUUCGAAGUCACUUCACAACAGCGCCGGACACACUGAGCCGAUGUUGUUCCCCAUGUACACCGUACCUGCGAAGGCAAUCCUAUCCAUGACAACUCUGGAACCUCACGAGGCACUGAAGUUGCAAGGCCUGCUGGUGGAAUUUGACAAGACCAUGGGCAAGGCCCUGUUUGUGUCACACCAGUGGGUGGGUAGACGCCAUCCAGAUCCCGAUUUCAUCCAGUUCAGUGUGCUACAAGAAGCUUUGAGGCAUCUCAUGUCGGAGGUGCAAUACAUAGAUUCCUGGAUGGCUUUGUAUGAUUUUGCUUCUUGAAAGGGAAUAAACAGUUGCAACAAUUUUAGAAUAUCAAUAUAACUACACAAAAUCGCGUCGACUAGACUGUUUCUGUAGACUAGAACUCCAUUGACCGCAUGUCGAUAUCAACUCAUGAACUGGACGUCCGAACCGAGGUUGCUUUGCCAAGUGUGAAGCCUUUCGCUACUGCAGAGCUGAAAUCGGCCCCUCUCUUUGUUUGGUAUGACUACUUCUCCUGCCCACAGCUGGAGCAUUUGGUUUCGCACGUUGAGAGCGGACUUAUGAGUGACCUCGCCAAGGCAGUGAGCAGCAUUCCGCUCUAUGUGGCUGAGUGCUCAUUCUUCUUUGCACUUUGCCCCGUCAUCGAAAGCAAAGACCAUUCCAAGUUGCUCGGUCCCCAGAGCUGGGCAUCCCGAGGCUGGUGCCGCAUUGAGAGGUGUUGUCGCGAGCUCUCUCCACAAGGCUCCUGGGUCAUGAUCCGAAGUGCCAAGCAGAUGGAGUUGAUCUCCUCUCCAGUAGCCACUCUAGGCUUUGGGUCACCUGGUGAAGGCCUGUUCACUGUGGAGGAAGACCGCCAGAGGCUUGGGCCGGUUGUCUUGACGACUUUGCAGCGAAAGCUGCGAUUCUUGCUGCAGUCAGGAGACCUCGUGGGAUACAGAGUCCUUUUGAACCAUCAACCUCUUUUUCUAAGGGGUUUUCAUGUGCCGGCCAUGUAUGACUUUGUUCCUGGCUUUGAAGCCGACCCCUUCAAAGAUGGUGCCCUGACCGUGUCCAAGUUCCUCUACAACAACGGCUUCAGCAAGGUGACUGAAGUGGACAAGGUGGGUUGGACCCCAUUGCAUUAUGCCGGUUGCCGUGGUGAUCCUGACUUGGUUCGAGCCUUGCUGGCACAGCGUGCGAACCCGAAUGUCAAGGCCGCGAAAGACAAUGUCAUGGCAGGAGCACGCUCCAAAUGGAGGGUGAUGACGAGUGUUGCCGCCUGCAGACAUCAUGAGGUCGCCCGCAUUUUGAUCGAGGCCAAAGCCGAACUGAGCGGGACACAGUUGGUUGGAGCAUGCAUCGGCAAUGAUCCCGAGGGAGUCCGACUCCUUUGCGAAGUGGGUGGUGUGAGCCCUCAUGCCGCGGAUUACGAGGGUGGAUACGGAGUGCCGGCAAUCCAUCUUGCUUGCAUGUAUGGAGCCACCGCUGCGCUGGAAGAACUGGUUGCCCAAGCUGCCACACACAGCAGUGGCAGUGGCAUGAGGCAGGGCAGCAUUGAUGUGUCCCAUGCGCUUUGGCUUGCGCCUUGCUUCGGGAAUUGCAGUGCGGAGCUGGUUAAUACCUUGCUGGAUCUGCGGGCCGAUGUCAACGAGCAGUUCCAUCUCAGCGUGAGAAAUCCAGUGGGACUGCUGGUCAAAGUCAUGGCCUUAAAGCAUCGUUUUGGCAAGCAGACACACUUCAGCAGAAUCAGCUUCCAUGCCAACGGUGCUACUCCUUUGAUGCAAGCAGUGAUGGGGGGACAGUAUGAAGCGGCUGCAGCUCUCAUUGCCAGGGGCGCCCGUUUGGACUUGCGCAACUCGCAUGGCUACACUGUGGCAGACCUGGCAAUGGGCCGAUCGCCGCCAGCGUUUCUAGUACAAGCCUUUGAGGGGCAAUUGGCCGGGUGCUUGAGAGUGGCGUCGCUGGCGGUGGGUUCGACGAACGGAGAGAAUGGGGAGACAGAGGAGAACGAGAACGCGAUGAUUGAGGUGCAUUUCUGAUGGCACACAGUACCAUCCUGACAUGCACGUGUGCUGCGAGGUCGGUAUCAGAGCUGAGUCCUGACGGAGAUGUUCCCACCUCAAGCUGUCUCCCCCUCGUGAUAUACCCGCCCUUGCGAGAUCGAGUGCCA